ACGGCGACGGGGAUGAGGAUGGCUGCCCUGGCGAGCCCGGCCGAGCGGGCCGUCUUGGAAGAAGAAUUUAAAUGGCUUUUAGGAGAGGAGGUUCACUCCGUCCUUCGUCAGCUGCAAGAGAUCCUGAAGGAGGCUUCUCAGCGGUUCAAUUUGCCAGCCAGCAGCGCAGAAGGGCCCGUAAAACAGGAGAACUUUAUCUUGGGGAGCUCCAAUGUCGACCAGGUGAAAGGAGUCCUAACCCUCCAGGGAGAUGCUUUGUGUCAAGCGGACAUUAACUUGAAAAUGCCCAGGAAUAACCAGCUGGUCCACUUUGCCUUCCGGGAUGACAAACAGUGGAAACUCCAGCAAAUUCAGGAUGCCAGGAAUCACGUCAACCAAGCAGUCUACCUGCUUACCAACCGGAGCUCCAAUUACCAGUUCAAGUCAGGAUGUGAAGUUCUCAAGCUGAUGGAUGCUGUGAUGCUUCAGCUGACACGAGCUCGGAAUCGUCUCACCACGCCUGCCACUUUGACCUUGCCAGAGAUCGCCAGCAGUGGACUCACGAAAAUGUUCACUCCAUCUCUGCCUCCAGACAUCCUGGUCAAUUUCUACAUCAACCUAAAUAAGGUCUGCUUAACGGUCUACCAGUUGCAUCCUCUGCAGCCCAGUUCCACAAAGAACUUCCGGCCAGCUGGAGGGUCCAUCUUGCAUAACCCCGGGGCUAUGUUUGAGUACGGAAACCAAAGAUACGAAGUCAGCCACGUGCACAAGGUGGAGUGCGUGGUGCCCUGGCUGAACGAUGCCCUGGUUUUCUUCACCGUCUCGCUGCAGCUUUGCCAGCAGCUCAAGGAUAAGAUCGCUGUGUUUUCCGGCUACUGGAACUACCGGCCCUACUGAUUUCCCCUCCGAGAGCGGUUCCAGUCUGUCUUCAGCCGCUCUCUUCCCCGUGAAGGGAAUCUCACGAUAUAAACGGUAUCUGUGAAGGACAUCCCAGAUUUCUGCCGCUCCGUGGGUAGUAGUAGCAGCUGAUGGGCAGGAAGCCACGGCCGUCCUCCACAUCUGCGUAGUCGGAAUGUCAUUAUUUAUUAGCACUUUAGAAGUAAACGUUCAUUUCUUUCCGCGGGCAUCAAAGCUCAGCUGAGCCAAUAUAAACACUGGU